CUCUUCUACCAGCUUCUUAAAAGGAGACCACCGAUUCAGCCUAGGAGCUUCCAUUCUAUCCACCUUCUUCCUCAUCGUAUCAUGCAACUUCUCACUAGGACCUUGGCCUCCUCUCUCUCUCUAUCUCUAAAACUAGUAAUGGACUGAGGAGUGUUGAUGACUUUGUUGGGUGUCAUCUUUUUUAGAGGAAAAGAAUAGAAAAUCAAAAUGAUGAAAAUGAAGGGCAUCCAUAUCUUCUGCGCUUCUCCUGCUUCCACUGCAAUAUGCACAAGCCUGGAUCACAGAACCCUAGUCCGCCAUAACCAACAGGCCUCUCUCUUGAAAGACGCACCACGAAGAAACAAAGCGUUGGAGCCACCGAAUUCAUCGAGCAGUUCAAGAGGAUUUCACCAUCACAGAACCAAGGCAAAGCAACACUCGUCAUCUCCUUCUUCUAGUGCCACCGCUAGAGAAAUUCGGGAGAAAACACCACCCCUGCAGCCUCCGAGGAAGUCGAGAGAAGUCCUAAGGAGCCCACCUGGUUCGUCGAGGUAUCUUCUUAAUGAUUCAAGCAGCAUCCUUGAUCUAAUUCCGGAUUUUGAACCGGUUCGAGCCUUGGUUCCUUUUCAAGGACAGCAACAGCAAAGGCCCAGUACUCAAAUUAAAAAAUAUGAAGCUCCAAGGUCAUCAUCUGAUUCACAGCCGGACCAGGUUGUAGUUUUGAGGGUGUCUCUACACUGCAAAGGCUGUGAAGGGAAAGUGAGGAAACACAUCUCAAGAAUGGAAGGUGUGAGUUCGUUCAGUAUUGAUUUUGCAAACAAGAAGGUGACGGUGAUUGGAGACCUAUCCCCGCAAUGUGUGCUUCAGAGCGUUGCCAGAGUCAAGAAUGCACAGUUCUGGUCCUCCCCCUCCUCCUAAAUACACAGAAAAAGUUAGAGAGAGAGACUGCUUCCCAAUCAUCGCUGUAUUAUUACUUUCUUCCUUGUCAACAAGACUUUCUUCUCUCUCUCAAACCCCUUUGUUUGUAAGAUAAAGAUAGAGAUAGGGAGAUUGCGUGCGUGCGUGCGUGUGUUUCAUCAUGUCCUCAUGGAAUGGAAACUUUGAAGUUGGAGCCUCAGA